AUGGACCCCAGCAGCGGCUUUUGGGACAUGACUUCCCCUGUUGUCCGAGAGGUGGAGGUGACGCGGACAGCUCGAAGACAAAGUGCACACAGAAGAGUGUCCAUCUUGUCUUCCCAAGAAGACAUUUUGACCGACAUCAAGCCAAGAAACCAAGUGAUUUCUCGAACUCCUAGCUUAUAUCGUCAAACUUUUACUUCGCUGAAUCGAAAUCUAUCAAGGCAGUCAGAUGUUUCAGCCAUUCUCGCAACUGGAAUAAGGUCCCCUCGGAUAGCGCCUUUAUCCGCCUUCUUGGGAAAUCUGCCUUCUGUAACUUCUCUAGAUGAGAGUACCUGGUCAGCUGCGAUCUCCCCACCGCCCUCAGGGCACUUCACAGAAGUAGAUCCUUCUAAUGUGACAGAAGAUGUCAGUUUUAGUGCUGUUAUGCUAUGUGAGGAUGAUCCAGGAGAAGCUGCAACAAUGAGUAUCUAUUUUGACUUCCUGUACACAUUUCUCAAGCAUGCCUCCAAUACAGUUUUUGAACUGGUAGAAGAGUAUGAGAGUAUUUGUGAUAGCCAUGUAAAUAUAUUAGGUAAAAUAGUGAGCAGAGCAACCCCUGGGCUACAGAAGUUUUCCAAAACAGCCAGUGUGCUGUGGCUUCUUCAGCAGGAGAUGGUUACUUGGAGACUGAUAGCUUCUCUUUACAGAGACAGAAUACAAUCGGUACUAGAAGAAGAAAAUGCAUUUGAAAUUGCUUCUCUAAAUGCUAGUGAAAAGACAGUUGUGGAUACACUGUUUCAAAGAGAUUCACUUAUUCGACAAAGCCAGCUGGUGGUCGAUUGGUUAGAGAGUAUUGCCAAGGAUGACAUCAGAGAAAUCUCAGAUAACAUUGAGUUUUAUGCAAAAUCAGUAUAUUGGGAAAACACUCUGCAUAUUUUGAAGCAGCAGCAAUUAAUUUCAUAUAUUGGAAACUGCCGUCCUCUUGUUACUGAAUUGGACCCUGAUGCUCCUAUAAGACAGAAAAUGCCACUUGAUGAUUUGGAUCGAGAAGAUGAUAACAGAUUACUCAAAUUCCUUUUCACACUUAUUCGUUCUGGGCUGACAGAUGAGGCACAGCGACUCUGUAAACGCUGUGGUCAAGCAUGGAGAGCUGCCACCCUUGAAGGGUGGAAAUUAUAUCAUGAUCCCAAUAUUAAUGGAGGAACAGAAUUAGAACCAGUGGAAGGGAAUCCAUAUAGAUGCAUUUGGAAAAUAAGCUGUUGGAGAAUGGCAGAAGAUGAGCUGUUUAAUAGAUAUGAGAGAGCAAUCUAUGCUGCCUUAAGUGGGAAUCUCAAGCAACUUCUCCCUGUCUGUGAGACCUGGGAAGAUACAGUAUGGGCCUACUUUAGGGUAAUGGUAGACAGUCUGGUGGAACAGGAAGUUCGGACUUCAGUUAUAACAUUAGAUGAAAUUGAAGAACUGCCUCGAGAACAUUUAGAAGCAAAUUGGACUUUAGAAAGAGUUUUUGAAGAGCUCCAAGCCACAGAUAAAAAGAGAGUUUUAGAGGAAAAUCAAGAACACUACCAUAUAAUUCAAAAAUUCCUUAUCUUGGGAGACAUUGACAGUUUGAUGGAUGAAUUUACUAAAUGGCUUUCCAAAGGAAGGAGUAUUUUACCUGGACACCUUCUCCGCUUCAUGAUCCAUCUUAUUUUGUUUUUUCGCACUCUGGGAAUACAGAUCAAAGAAGACGUGUCUGUAGAAGUUUUAAAGGCCUACAUUCAGCUGUUAAUCUGCAAGAAACAUAUGAGGCUGAUAGCAUUUUAUACUUGCCAUUUGCCUCAAGACCAAGGUGUUGCUCAAUAUGCAGCAUUUUUGGAAGGUAUAACAGAAUUUGAACAACGUCAUCAUUGUCUGGAGCUGGCUAGAGAAGCAGGUCUGGAUGUUGCAACAAUAACGAAAACUGUAGUGGAGAACACGCGAAAGAAAGAUGCUGGUGAGUUUAGUCAUCAUGAUAUAGCACCUUGCCUAGAUAUUGGCACUACAGAGGAGGACCGCUUAAAGAUUGAUGUGAUUGACUGGUUGGUAUUUGAUCCUGCACAGAGAGCUGAAGCACUGAAGCAAGGCAAUGCUAUCGUGAGGAAGUUCUUGGCAUCUAAGAAACAUGAAGCUGCAAAAGAAGUAUUUGCAAAAAUUCCCCAGGACUCCAUAGCAGAAAUUUAUAAUCAGUGGGAAGAACAAGGGAUGGAAAGUCCACUUCCAGCGGAAGAUGACAAUGCUAUCAGAGAACAUUUAUGCAUUAGAGCUUAUCUGGAAAUGCAUGAAAUAUUUAAUGAGUGGUUCAAGCAUAUGAAUUCAUCUCCACCAAGACCUACUUUGCUACGCCAAGCUUCCUUCACAGAGAAAGUAGCUUAUGAGCACAAAGAAAGAAAAUAUGAAAUGGACUAUGGGAUAUGGAAAGCUCAUUUGGAUGUUUUAACAACUGAAGUAAAAGAGAAAAUGUACAAUGUCUUACUAUUUGUUGAUGGAGGGUGGAUGGUAGAUGUCAGAGAAGAUGCUGAAGAAGACCAUGAAAGAGCCCAUCAGAUGGUUUUGCUGAGGAGACUUUGCCUGCCAAUGAUGUGCUUCCUGCUUCACACAAUAUUGCACAGCACACAGCAGUACCAGGAAUGCCUGCAGCUUGCUGAUGUAAUUUCUUCAGAGCGCCAUAGGCUUUAUAAGGUAUUUUCUAAGGAAGAACUAAGGAAGCUGUUACAGAAGCUAAGAGAAUCAUCAUUAAUGCUUUUAGAUCAUGGACUUGACCCAUUGGGUUAUGAGAGUUAG